ACAAAACCGCAAAGCAGAGUUUCCUCCCUUCCUCCAUCAGGCAGUAUUUCAAGAGAUUGUACAGUUACAUGACAGAUACAUUAUGUCUUAGUCAGGAUUUAUUGGAACAACUUCUGCAGUUUUCAGGAGUAACAGUGUACUGUUUUGUCCUCACUGACCCUGUCCAUUGCAGUCCCUUGUUGCUCUACCGCUUAUCCCCGCCUCCUCCAUCCCCCACACUCAUCCUCAGUCACCCCACCCCAUCUCUCCCUUGGCUGAGACUGGCUAGCUGGCACCAUUAUCAAUUCCUUCUGUCAGCAUGCCUGCAAAAAAAAUAGCUUACGUCACAGUCAUUACUAGCUCUAUAAAAGCCAGUGUAAUGCAGAUUCACUGUGCAGUCAACCCAGCUACAUUCCUAGACGUAGAGCAGGCCGUUAUCUCAAGUCAUGGCUUCCAUCGGCUUUGAUCCGUACUUCCCUUCUACUUACAAGAGGAAAGUGGUUGUGCGCAGUGCAGGAUAUGGAGCUGGAGGAUAUGGAGCCGGAGGAGGAAUAGGAUCUAGGUCUGCCUACUCCAGCUACUCCGCCCCGAUGACUUCCUAUGCAUCUUCACGCAGAAGUUAUCCAACGCACGCCCGAGCGUUUUCCAGCUACUCCUCCAUGCUUUCCGCUCCAGUGUCUGCAGCCGCCAAUGAGCUUCGCCUCGACCAAGCAGCCCAGGUCAGCUCUGAGUUCAAAGUGUUAAGGACCCAGGAGAAGGCUGAGCUGCAGGACCUGAACGACCGCUUUGUGAGCUUCAUUGAGAGGGUCCAUGAGCUGGAGCAGCAGAACAAGUCGCUGGAGACUGAGCUCCUGCUUCUCAGGCAGAGGCAGACGGAGCCGUCCAACCUUCGGGCCCUGUACGAGCAUGAGAUCCGCCAGCUCCAUGCUGCUGUGGAAGAGGCCCGCCACGAGAAGCAAGCGGCCCAGGACCACAGGGACCAGAUGGAGGACGUGUUUAGCAACAUGCAAAAACGCUAUGAAGACGAAGUGCUCGGAAGAGAGGAAUCAGAGGGCAGGCUCAUGGAUGCCAGGAAGGGGGCAGAUGAAGCCGCGCUGGGCCGGGCUGAGCUCGAGAAAAGGGUCGAGACCCUCCUGGAAGAGCUGGACUUCCUGAAGCGCCUCUGCGAGAGCGAGAUUGCAGAGCUGCAGGCCCAAAUACACUACAGCGCAGAAGUGUCGGUGGGUAUGGAGAUCGCCAAACCUGACCUUUCCGCCGCUCUCCGUGACAUCAGAGCCCAGUACGAGAAACUGGCGCAUCACAACCUUAAAUCAGCCGAAGAGUGGUUCUGCGACAAGGUGAACGUGAUGACAGUGGGCACUUCUCGCAAAACGGACAACGCACGCAACGCCAAAGAUGAGGUUGCAGAGUACCGCCGGCUCCUCAAAGCUAGGACGCUGGAGAUUGAUGCCUGCCGUGGAAUGAAUGAAGCUCUGGAGAACCAACUGCAGGACGUGGAGGAGAAACAGAGUGCUGAGAUCUCGGCACUGCAGGAUACAAUAAGUCAACUGGAGGACGAGUUGAGGGCAAACAAGAAUGACAUGGCUCGCUACUUGAAAGAUUAUCAGGACCUCUUGAAUGUGAAGAUGGCCUUGGAUAUUGAGAUCGCAGCCUACAGGCAGCUCCUUGAAGGAGAAGAGAACCGUCUAAAUGUGGCGGGACCGGGGUCCUUCAACGUUUACUCCCAAGCCAUGUACGCCACUCCGUCCUACGGAAGAUCCCAGUUCUCCACGCAGUCUCAGCUGAGCUCCGCACCUCAAUACCUGCUGAGCUCCGCACCUCCAUACCUGCUGAGCUCCCGCUUCUAUACUUCAUCACUCUCCACAGAGGAGACAAUAUCCGCGAGCCAAGCACAGCAGGCGGAGGCAAGCCCUCCUCAUGAGGAAGAGGAAGAGGAGGAGGAGGAGGAGGAAGAGCAGGUGGAAGAGGAAGAGAAGGAGGAAGAAGAGGAGGAGGAGGAGGAGGAGGGAGAUGAGAAGGAGGAGGAGGCAGAGGGAGAUCAGGGAGAAGAGGAGGAAGAAGAGGAGGUGGAAGUAGAGGAGGAGGAAAAACAAGAAGAGGGAGUGGAAGAAGCAGAUGGAGAAGAGGGUGAGGCAGAGGAUGGAGAAAAAGAAGAUGAGGAGGAAGGAGGAGAGGAGGUCCCAGCUCAAGAAGAGGAGAAGGACGCCAAGCAGAAAGAGGAAGAGGGCGACGAAGAGGGUGAGAAGCAGCAGGAUGAGAAGGAGGAGGAGGAAACUGAAAAACAAGAGGAGGUGGAGGCCGAAGAGAAAAAUGGAAAAACAACUGAGAAAAAAGUUUAAAUUCAAAUGCUUUAAAUGAUACCUUCUCCGGUGCUCUACAUGUACAGAGAUAUCUGUCUAAUUCAAACCAAAUGAAACAUGUUGGUGAACUAACUUGAGUGACCAACAGCAUGUGCGCAAACUGUACCAGCAAAGACAUGAAAACGCUAUAAAAGCUAAUCAAUUAACUGAUGGGGAUAGGAUGUGACUGGAUUUGUUUGCAACCCUAACACCUUUGUGCUUUACUGUCACCGACACAUGCCUGUAUACGACCGUCUGUAUGUGCAAUACCCACGUUGAGAUGCCUUACUUUGAAUCCUCACUUAGUGCUUUAAAUCCAUGAUGUGCUGUGUUGAACUCCAAUAAAGCCUUGAAGACUUGUCAACCCAGA